AUGAAUUCUCUGCAUUCAAAACAUGGAAAUACAUUUUUGGAAGAUGAUAUAAAAGUUCAUUUGAUGAAAUCCGAAGGAUUUUAUCAAAAUACAAUCGAUGAUGAUUAUGAAGUCGAAGAAGAAGGUUUUACGGAUCUUCGAAUAUGCGAAGAUCCGGUUGAUUCUGAUUCAGAACUAUCUCGAUCAAGUUCACCAGUUAUGAUUGGAGAUGAUCAACCGAAAAAGAUUUCUUGUUCAUCAUUUUCAGAACAGAGUCAGUCAGAAACGGAUUCAGCCGACUCGUUCAAAUCAUCAUACUUCAAAUCAUAUGAUGAAUUAUUGGAUUUGAUCUAUCAAGAUCCGUAUAGAUUCAUAUGCAAACCUGUUUCUAAAGACAUGACGAAAUACUUACAUUGCCGAUUGUUACGUGAGAAAUCACUGAUGUCUGAAAUCUAUUAUCUUCAAGUAGAAUUUGGCAACGAUGACGAACCAAUCACUUUACUAACAGCAGAAAAGGGAAGAAAAUCACUUGGUCAAUCUCAGUAUACCAUCUCGUUAGAUUCAAGUUUCGCUUGUGAUCUCUGCCCUGCUGAAUUAGUAGCAAACAAUGUGACUGGAACAGAGUAUAUACUCUAUACAUACAGCGAAGAUCAACGUCAAGAACAAGCAGCUAUUCUAUAUGAAAGUAAUUUUCUUGGUUUAAAGGGACCAAGAAAGGCGAAUGUAAUUCUCCCAAAGUUCGAUAAUCAAAUGCAACCAUUAUUUAAUAAGAAUGAAAUUGAUGAAUUCUGUGUCGACGAUUCAGAUGAUGACUUUCUUCAUUUAUAUAACACAGCACCAAGUUGGAAUCCACUAUCUGGUGCUUAUACAAUUCAUUUCGAAGGAAUAAAUCGUAUAACAAUUCCGUCAGUAAAAAACUUUCAAAUGUUCGCUUUAGAUAAGAAUAAUCAAGAGCAAACUGUAAUGGAAUUCGGUCGAAUGACUGACACGAUCUUUUCGUGCGAUUUCCGAUAUCCACUUUCAUUCAUACAAGCAUUCAGUAUUGGUCUAACGGCAUUUGAAACGCGAAUUUUUCGAGAAUGA